AUGGCGGAGAGUGUGACGACAAAAACUCUCGGUGCUUACGUGCACAGUAUUCGCUUCAAAUUUGCAACAAAGCAAGUUUUUCAGAAGUUAAACGUGUUAUUGUACGGUGUUGAAGGUCAUUUGAACAGAUAUCGUGCCAACGUGAUAAAUUUUCGUGGUUUCCAAACUAAGGAAGAACUGGAGGAAUUCCGCCUUCGGUUGCAGCAGUUACCUCAGGAAGAUGUAGUUAUUAUCGCCGAGUUGUUGAACGGUGACGCGACGACAGUUACGAAAAAGGAUUUGUAUGACCUAGUGGCGAACCUGGGCUCCACCAUAAACGACGAACCUAUAAAGAAAAUGGAAAGAAAUCGUGUUCGAUCGACGUUUAGUUCGGCCGUUGAAGAGGCAGAAAAGGAACUGGAACUAACGAAGAAAAUGCAGGAGCUAGAAAGAGCCAAGAUGGAAGUGGAACAUAACCUCAAAUUGAAAGAAAUUGAGAACAAAAUUCUCCAAGCAAGGUUAGAUGAUCAGGACCUGCAAUCCGAAGCGAGCUCCUUGUACAGUGUGAAGAGUACGUUGAAAAAUGAGUUCAAGACAGUAAAAGACUGGGUUGAUAAAAGCGUUUCGUAUGCAAAAGAAGAAAUCCCAAGUUUCCCGAAGAUCCCCGAUGAGGUAGUGUCACAUGAACGUCCAUUGCAUCCUCCCGUAAACAAUCCUGCUUCAAAUCGACUUGAGAAGUUGUUAACUCGCCAAUUAUUAGGAUUUGAUUUGCCUCGUUUCUCAGAUUUGCCUCGUUUGUCGACCGAAGAUGGAGAAUUCAGUGAUGCCGAAAACAUGAUGCGAUUACGUAAGUGUUUGGAUGGACCAGCUAAGGAAAGCGUCGAAAUGUUGCUUCUCACCAAUGACAUUCUCCGUACUUUGGACGUCUUGAAGAGAAAUUAUGGAGACAGCAAAGUUAUACUCCGGAAAGUGCUAGACAAGGUAUCGAAUUUCAAGUUUGUACAUGACUCGAGAGGCUUCCUUGAGUUCAGUAAUCUAGUGGAGAAUGUUGCAGUUAUCAUCGGAUCAUUUCAAGCCAAGAAUCAUGAUGUGGAAGCAGUCCUCGGGAAAUUGUUACAAAAACUGAGGGAUUAUUUGCGUAUGCAGUGGGGUUCAUUCCAGCAGGAUUAUCAUGCACCUGUUCACAACUUGGAUGGCUUCUCGGCGUGGGUACGUAGACAGGUAGCGGUUGUAGAGAAUGCUCACAUCGGGCAACAAGUUUCGGCGCAGGAGAACAUCAGACCAACACCAGUACAGAACAACAUGAGGACCUGCCUGGUGUGUAAAACUGGUGAGCAUCAGAUUGAAAAGUGUCCUAUUUUCGUGAAAAUGGACUUAAAUCGACGCUGGGACGCAGCACGGAAGUACAGUCUAUGUUUCCUAUGCCUGACGAAGCAUAACGCAAAGUGUACCAAUACUGCGGUUUGUGGAUUGAGCGAUUGUACGAGACGUCAUCACAAACUAUUGCACCGUAUGGAGUCUUCCAACCCCUUAGGAGUAGUCGUUGAAGAUCGUACCCGGUCUGCUAUUUUGAAGUACGUUCCCGUUCAAGUGCGGGGCCCGAAUGGCGUGUUAUCAACUACUGCCUUCAUCGACGACGGUAGCAGUUUGACUUUGAUAGAAGCUGACGUAGCAGCUGGCAUCGGAGUAACCGGUCGAAAAAGUCCAGUAUCAUUCACUUGGACUGGUAACAUACGGAGAGAAGAAGAAAAUUCUGAAAUUGUUCAGCUAAAAAUCAGUGCUGACAUUCCGGUGGGUGCUGAUAGACUGCUACAGAAAUAUCCGUAUCUCUCAUCUAUUGACCGACGAACAAUCACCGGUAGUCAGCCAACUAUUUUAAUUGGACAAAACAACUGGAGGCUAAUUGUGCCACGGGAACACUACGCACCAGAUGGAAAUUCACCAAUAAUCAGCAAAACUCGCCUUGGCUGGGUGGUACACGGUCCUGUAGUAGGUUUGGGAUUCAAACUCUAUGGAACGGAAGAAGAAGCUGUGAAUGUUUGUGUUGAAGAACAAUUAGCCGAACUGACCGAACUGGUACGGAGUAAUAUGGCUUUGGACAAUUUCGGAGUGUGUGUGGAUAAUGUAAACAAUCAGAAGAGUGUUGAUGAUAACCGUGCUAUAGACAUUGCAAAAAACAGUAUUAAAAAAGUUGGUGAACGAAGCAGUCUUGGUACUGCAUUGCGUAAUCUGGAAUGCGUCGAAAAGCGGCUACAGCGACAAAAUCUAACGAAGCAGUACAACGAAAUCAUUAGGUCGUAUCAAGAAAAAGGUUACGUCACACAAAUUCCUUGGCAGCAAGUAGACUGGAACAAUCGCAAACUAUGGUUUUUGCCACAUUUCCCUGUUUUAAAUGUCCACAAACCGGGAAAAAUACGGAUGGUUUUCAAUUCAGCCGCCAAAAGCAACGGAAAAUGUUUGAACGAUUAUCUUCUUUCUGGACCUCCGAGUGGAAUAAUGAUUUUCGGUAUACUUGGUAGGUUUCGGAAAUACCCAGUGGCUGUUGGAGCCGAUGUGUCCGAAAUGUUCCACAAAGUUUUUGUACGAGAGCAGGAUAGUUGGUCGCAGUGCUUUCUACAUCGCAACGAUCCAUCUGAACGACCUCAAGUUUAA